AUGUUUACCGAAAGCCUGUUUGACAUUCCCCCCUCCGCUCCCCAAGCGGAGCCUGCACCUUCCAAUACACUCUCGCCCCACUCGGCGUCGGCCGCUGCCCCGCAGUUUGCCAAGUACGAGCAAGCCUUUGAUAAGUUUGCGGCCGCCCAGGUUGCUAUCCAGGACGUCUGGGAGCUUGGUUCGACUAGUGCCAUGCUUUCUCCCGCUAUGAUGGCGCCCAAGCCGCUGUCGGCGUUCAUGACCCCUCAGGAGCUGCCGGCCGAUGUCUAUGUGUCUCCCGCCGAGAUCAUGUCGUCGAGUGCAACUACCGUCCGGUCGAAUUUCUCGGACCUGGACUAUUCUCCCAUGUAUGAGAAUCCGGACGUCACGGAAGCUCCUGACUGGGAUCCUCUGUUCCCGGACGUUGCACCCGCGGCCGCCCCCCAAGAAGACGCCCACACAAAUGCUGAUGAGCUGCAAUGUAACCCUUCUGCUUCUCCCCAGCUGUCUGUGGCUUCUCCUCAGCUGUCUCAGCGUCGUCGCAGCUCCUCGCCCAAGACCUCUAUUCGCAGGGGCCCCAACGGCAACCGAGUCGACGAUAUGGGUAUCACUAUCUAUUCUCGCAAGCCCCGCACGAUGCCGUUGCGGCCUGUUGAGAUCCCUGAGACUGCCGACACUGCUACGGCCAAGCGUGCUCGCAAUACCGAAGCCGCUCGUCGGUCUAGGGCCCGCAAGCUUGAACGCAUGGCCCAGCUCGAGGACCGCGUCAAGCAACUUGUUGAUCGCAACGAGGAGCUCGAGGCCGAAGUCCAGCGUCUCAAGGCCAUUGCCGGCGAGUUGUAA